CAAUACAUGUAGGCUCCCCUGCGACGGGAGCUCCCGUGGAGUUUAAAGUGGAGGCAAGGACCCGUCGUUGAAGUAGCCCAAGGAAGGAAGGAAGGAAGGCAGGAAGGACACCAGCAUCAGCAGCAGAGAGAGGAAAAGGAGCAGCCAGACGAAGAAUUGAAGAAAACCAGUGCGACAGCUAGUGGGCAUUCAUGCCAUUCAUCUCCAGGACGAGAAGUUCAGGUCCUCGAUAGUCCUCGUCGCCCUUUGCUCGCUCGCUCGCUCGCUGUUGGUCGUGAAGUGGACAGGCACUUUUGAACUCUCGACGACGCCGCAGGAGAAGAACGCAGAGAAAAGAAGAUCAUCAUCCAUUCCUCGCACCAAGACCCGACUUGAACAGGUUCCAGGGGAAAGCAGAGUGCGGAUGACGCAGAGAAGUAGGACGGAAGGGAGUAAGGUAGGAACGACAGUAGAUUUUUCUGUGAAGAGAAUAGAUUUGAAAUUUAGAGUGGGGUGGAGCAGGAAGAGGUCGAGGCCAGCUUUGGGUUAGGAGGAUUCGUGCGAAAGACGGGAAACGAUAGGAUUUGUCAAAUUGUCAGAAUGGCGGUGAAGGAAAGCCGGAGGUGGUGGUGAAAAAUUGUGGGUUUGUGGAGAUCUGGGUAUUGUUGGAGGUAUAGAGGAAGGCCAGAAUAAUUAGAAAAGGAUUAUUUUGUGUGUGCUGCGAGUCGGAGUGCAUGGGCACGCGGAGGAGGAGGUCAGGGUCGAGGAAUGGAAGGGUGGUCGUGAAGAUGAUGGAAAGGGGUUGAAUAUCAGCUCCUGUGCCGCUGGAACUGAAUUCUGGGGUGGUGGGGUUGAUCCAAACUCACGAUGGGUGGAGACAUGAAGCUGCUGCUUUUGCUCGUUGGUCUGAGGACAACCGAUUCUUGAUGGAGGAUGUGUUCAUCGUGGUGUGACUGACUCACCAACUGAUUAACCACAAAACUUUGUAGACGUCGGUCUGCCUGAUGAAGACGGUGGGAGCAACUUCUCCCAUGGAUUCCUCCCAUCCGUCCGCAUCGCUUUCUCUGGCCGUGGUACCAGCUGGAUCAAUGGCCUCUAGUGAACAGCUCACCAGGAAGCCAGUAAGACAAUUGGACUUCACCUCCAUGUAUGGCAAUGCCGCUGCCACUUCAUCUGAAACGUCCUUACGCUCUGGGCAAUCCAACUUGUACAGUACACGGCCUCCAUCACCAGUGAACUCUCCUGCCAGGAAGCACGGGUCUCCCAGAGCUGGACACAGGCCCCGAGCUGUUUUUGAGCCGAAGGAUGGGACUCCCAAGAAAUGCAAACAGUGCAAUUGCAAAAACUCUCGCUGCCUUAAGUUAUACUGUGAAUGUUUUGCAUCUGGCACGUAUUGCGAUGGGUGCAACUGUGUCAAUUGUUGCAACAAUGUCGACAAUGAAUCUGUCCGACAAGAAGCGGUGGAGACUAUUCUUGAGCGCAACCCAAAUGCCUUUAGGCCCAAGAUUGCGAGUAGUCCAAGUGCUCUUCUACGAGAUAGUCGGGAGGACAACGGCGAACAUCCGGUUGCAGGGAAGCAUAACAAAGGUUGCCACUGCAAGAAAUCAGGAUGCUUGAAAAAGUAUUGCGAAUGCUUUCAAGCCAAUAUUCUAUGUUCGGAAAAUUGUAAAUGUAUCGACUGUAAGAACUAUGAAGGUAGUGAAGAAAGACGAGCUCUCUUUCACGGAGACCAUAAUGUGGGAAUUAACUAUUCUCACAUGACGUCAAAUGGGUCGGUUGCUGCUGGUCCAGUAGCUACGUCAUCUGGCACUGGAGGCUUUACCCCAUCGCCAAUGAAACGAAGAAGAACCCAUGAUCUUGUGUUUGUUGGUCAACAGGGCUUAAAGGAACAAGCUCCUCCCCGCAGAGUUCCCCAAGCUGUGGUUUUGCAGCCAUGUACCGCCAAAAUGGCUACAACAACUAUCAAUCCAGCUGCACCAAUUUUGGUUCCAAUAGCUCGAGGAAAUAAUGUUCUUACUCCUACAAUGCAGAUUAUCCCGAGGUCACUACUGGCGGGUGUAAUACAACAAGACGCAGUUCAUGAACUCUGCAAACUGCUUGUCAUUGUGGAGAAUGAGACUCAUAAACGGCUUUUAGGGAGCUUGCCAGAGUCUGGCACAACACAAACAGGAGACAAUGGAGCCUCAAAGCCAAGUAUAGAAAUCCCUUCAGUCGCAACGAAAGAAGAGGAAAAGACACAGCUUGAAAACGAAGCAGGUACUGAGGAAAAAGCCAGUACUAGUACCGGCGAAAUCGCAAUCGGUGAACCAAACUCAGGUGCUGAAGAUGGAGACAUGGAGAAUGGACGCAAGAAGCGUGCAAUGUCACCGGGAACAUUAGCUUUGAUGUGCGACGAGCAAGAUACCCUCUUUACCGCCCCUCCCUCACCUUCAGGAGGCCUUUUUUCAGCUGGACCUUAUCCGAGUUUGAUCGCAGAACGGGAGCGUGUAAUCUUGUCAGAGUUCAGAGACUGCUUGCGGAGCAUUGUGUCCGUCGGCAAAAGGCGAGUUUCCAGUUUUGAGAAGGAUACUCUACGAUCGGAAAUGAUCCAGAACCUGAAGAGAAAUCAGGUCCUUGGUGAUGCCAUUCGCGUUUUGCGUCCUGUUCCUUCCCCAGCACAUCCUGUCGCUCAAGCCGUUCAUGCCACAGGGUUAACACCUAUACCGCUGUCAGCGAAAACUAAGAUUACUGGAUCCACGUCACUAACGGGUGUGUCUAACUCUGGUGCCGUUCCAGCUGCGCAACUUUGAACAUCUGGAAUGUUCCUUGCGAUAUGUCUCAUACAACCAGCUAGAGGAACUUCUAAAGUCCAACUCGUAGUGGUUUCGUUCUUCAAAUUGCGCAUCAAUCCAAGUCAGCUGAAUUCACUUCCAUUAUGCUCCUUCCAUUCAUGUCAUUCUUUUAAUAUGUAAAUCGGUUUUAAGUGUAGUAGACUGGACUUUUCUUACUUGUACAUGCAGUGUUUAGAUAGGAAACAAAUUCUUUCGCCCAUGACCUUCCCCUCCCCCACUGAGAGUGCCUUAACCCCAUGAGGGGAAAUUGAGUUGAGGAGGUGAGGUUUGCGAUGGAGGCCUCACCAUUAACUCCAGACAAAAUAGGAGCUCGACCACCGUGAGAUGUUUUGAAAGUAGAACCGGUGGAUGGAUCGUUCAGUUAGCACUGUGUCUCUCGAAGUUUUCCUCUGGUCCAAGUCCAGGGUGAUUGUAUAAAUACUCUUUCGUUGUGACGUAGUCCAGGAUAGGAAAAUUUAAUUCAGGAACGUUGCGUCUACAAGUGUCAGAUGAAGUUG